AUGUCUUUAAACACUCUUCCUGUUGUCCAAGUAAUGGAGUUGCCCUCUGGGCCACCAGAGUACGAGGCGUCGCGAAGAACUUUGCUUGAAGAGUUCGCUACCAAGGUGCCAGAGGAACUUCGACUCUCCCCAGAUCUGAUAGAAAAUGCCCCCAGAAAUGUCACCGACAUCCCCCGACAAUGUGGCCUUUUGUCGCCGGAUGAAAUUGAUAUCACUGAAAAAUACGACGCUACUGCUUUAGCAGCACUCAUCAGAGAGAAAAAGUUGACUUCAGUGGCUGUUGCAACGGCAUUCGCCAAGAGAGCGAUUAUAGCACAUCAGCUGACCUCUUGUCUUACGGAAUGGUUCAUGGACGAGGCUAUUGAGCGAGCCAAAUACUUGGACGAAUACUUGCAAUCCACAGGAAAGACAGUUGGACCUCUCCAUGGAAUUCCCAUCAGCGUCAAAGACGUCUUUCCUGUAGCUGGGCAUUGGUCAAGCUUAGGCUUCCUGGUGGCCAGGUUCAAAGACAAGGAAGACUGCCAGAUCGUAUCCAUAUUGAGAAAUGCAGGAGCAGUUUUCUUUUGCAAGACCAACCAACCCCAAGCAAUAAUGCAUAUUGAGAGCACUUCUUUCUACGGGCGCACGUUGAACCCUUACAAUACCGGUUUAUCGUCGGGAGGAUCUACAGGAGGAGAGGGGGCCUUACUGGCCAUGCGAGGUUCCGUUCUCGGCCUUGGAACCGACAUUGGUGGAAGCAUUCGAGUCCCUUCCAGUUUCUGCGGCAUCUAUGGCUUCAAACCAACCUCGUAUACUCUCCCGAGGAAGGAUAUUCUGCCGAUGGGAGCGUUGGCGGAACUCAGUAUUCUGGCCUCAAUAGGCCCAAUGGGCACUUCUUUGAGAGACCUGGAUCUCCUUACUUCAGUUGCUCUCUCAUAUAAACCACAUUUAUCAGAUCCAAGGCUCAUUCCUAUUCCAUGGACGGGCCUUAACACAGCACCAAAACCUUUGCCGCUGAAGAUUGGUAUCAUGAUGAAUGACGGCCUUAUCAUUCCACAACCGCCAGUCACUCGAGCUUUAAACUGGGCAGCGGAGAAAUUAAAGGCCACAAAUGCCUUUUCUGUCAAAUCUUUUGAGCCAUACGAAGUAGCUACAGCUCUUAAGAACAUGCAUCUUGCGCUUUGGCCAGAUGGCGGCAAAGGUGUAAGAGAGGUUCUAGCUGCCUCAGGCGAGCCAAUGCUUCCUUUGACUCAAUGGGAGUUGAAGGAUAUUGAUGGAGCUGAGCUCAAACCAAUGGAAAUCUUGCAGCAACAUGUCGCCCGUGAUAAUUUUAGGUCUGACUUUGCGCGCCACUGGGAGUCUCAGGAUGUUGACUUCAUUAUCUGUCCCGCCUCUGUUGGUCCGGCCUGUGAGCAUGAAACGGCGUUUUAUUGGAACUACACGUGUUUCUGGAAUUAUGCCGAUUGCCCUGGCGUUGUUUUCCCCACGCCUAUCAGAACUGGAGCGAAAGGUACUGAAGGCUAUGCAGCGGACACUCCUUCACCACUCAAUGAACAGGAUAAGCAUGUCCGAAAGCUGUGGGAAGAGGGUGAUUUUGAAGGCGCUCCUAUUGGGUUGCAGAUAGUGGCCAGGAAGCAUCACGAUAAUGAUCUGUUUGGGGCCUUGCAAAAGCUGCAGUACGCUCUGGAGUUACAAUAA